AUGUUAAAAGUGCAUUUGAGAGAAGCUGUUUCCCGGAAGACGCUGUUUCUAAAAAGUUUCAGAAAUUUUCAUUACACAAAAUAUUUCCGCAGAGACAAUGCAUCAUCCACCACAGAUAUAUUUCGUAACGCAAUGAAACGUAAACGUGACCUAGCGAAUCUUAGGGAAGAAAAUCAUGGAAAUGGGGCAAGAAAUUUUGCUUUUCCUAAAGAGUAUGUAAAGCGCCAAAAACAACCGCCAAGAAAUGCUUCUAACAGGAAAAGGAUCUUGAUCACUUGGAGCUCUGGGACGGAUAGAGCUAAAGAAGCAGCAAAUUCGGUUGUUAGUGAAAUAUUCAGAAAAAAUUACAAGGGAAACAUUAAAGUUGUAGACCCCACUACCCACAGGAUUGAACCAUCCAAUAUUCGGUAUUUUGCGAAGGGUAUUGAUCUCGAUAAAUUUGGAUUGAGUAUUGUGAAUGUGGAGCAAAUUGAUGAUGAAAAUCAGAUCCCACUUGUUAAAAUAGUCGAAAGUCGUGUGGCCUUAAAAAAAUACUCAGAUUUCCUGGCUAAAAAAAAGGAAAAGGAACUGAUGGAAUUGGGAGUGCUGAAUAAGUCUUAUAAGAAUUUGGUAACUGAUAAAAAAGAAGAUAACCUGAAACAUAUUAAAAUAUCAUGGCAGAUUGAGAAUGAUGAUUUAGAAAGGCAGAAGGCUCAUGAAAUAGUUUCGCUAUUGAAAAAAGGGAGUAAGGUAACGUUAUAUCUUGAUGACAAGAAUAACAUAAAUUCGAAUAAUUGGCUUGAGAAUUUUGAAGAGCUGGACCGCUCUCGAGAAGGUGGCGCUACCAAAUUACCAAAAUCGGUUUUACAGAAAAGGGCUGCUGUUUUGGAGACAUUGAAAGAGACAGUUAGCGAGUACGCUAACGAUCCUGUUCUGUUAGGCAACAUAGGUUCGAAAAUGAUAAUGAAACUGAUACCAAAAGAUGUGAAACCACAGAACAACGAUAAAAGGGCGUUAAAAGAGUUGAGAAAGAAGGAGAGACAAGAAAAAUUGCAGAAAAGAAUUGAGAGAAAAAAAACGAAGGAGAUGUAA